GUUGAAUGGAAUUUUGAAUUCGCAUUUCUAAAAUAACAGACUCACUGAGACUCAACCACCAUCACCAACCAAUCAACCAGCAACAAUCGAUUGAGAUGACCAAACUUCAAAGGCCUUCAAUGAAGAACUCUUCAAAAUUACGAAAAUGCUCAAUGCAUCGAUUCUUAAUGACGACUUUGAUUUUCUUUCUUACUUUCUUAACUUACAUCUCAGAAUGUCAUACUAUCGAUGUUCCUCCAAGGUCUACGAUAUGUUUUUUCGAAGAUCUACAUAAUGAAGAUCAGAUGACAAUAACUUUUCAGGUUGCUGGUGGUGGACAUCUUGAUAUUGAUUUCUGGCUAAACGAUCCAUCUCACAACUCACUUUGGUCAGUCGAGAAACGUGAUACUGGUACAUUCAGUUUCACAGCCCAUACGGAUGGUAAACAUGAAUACUGCUUCAGUAAUCAAAUGAGUUCGGUAACCAGUAAGACUGUGAGCUUCAAUGUACAUGGCGUAAUGUACGUAGAGGACGACGGUCACACCGCACCGAUCGAGACUGAGAUCAAGAAUUUGGCUCAUGCACUAGAAGCUGUCAAGGAGGAACAGGAAUACAUUGUGGUCAGAGAAAAGCUUCACCGAAACACGGCUGAAUCAACAAACGAUCGGGUAAAGUGGUGGUCUUUGGUCCAGGCUGGGAUGGUACUAGCUGUCACAGCAUGGCAAGUCUUUUAUCUCAAAAGGUUCUUCGAAGUUAAAAGGGCAGUAUAGAAAGUUUUUCAUGCUUCGCAGUGUGGUGUUCAGUGAUCAGGCUGUUGGGAAUAAGUAUGCAAAGAGUCUCUACGUAUAUUGAGAUCUGGAAAUGACGAUUGGCAGUCAUUCUCAAAGGCUUGAAACUCAUUGUACGAUGUUGUAUAGAAUCAUUGAAGCAACGUGAGAUC